AUGGCCGCAAAGACGAACAAGUACUCGGUUAUCUUGCCAACCUACAAUGAGCGCAAGAACCUGCCCAUCAUUACCUGGUUGUUGAACCGCACCUUUACUGAGAACAACCUCGAUUGGGAACUCAUCAUCGUCGACGACGGCUCCCCCGACGGAACCCAAGAAGUUGCCCAGCAGCUUGUCAAGGUCUACUCCCCCCACGUUCUCCUCAAGCCCCGCGCUGGCAAACUCGGCCUCGGAACAGCCUACGUCCACGGUCUCAAGUUCGUCACCGGCAACUUUGUCAUCAUCAUGGACGCCGACUUCUCGCACCACCCCAAGUUCAUCCCCGAGAUGGUCGCUCUCCAGGCCAAGGGCAACUACGACAUCGUCACAGGUACUCGCUACGCUGGAAACGGUGGUGUUUUCGGUUGGGAUCUCAAGCGCAAGUUUGUCAGCCGUGGCGCCAACUUGUUCGCCGAUACUGUCCUCCGCCCUGGCGUGAGUGACCUGACUGGCAGCUUCCGACUUUACAAGCGUGCUGCGUUGGAGAAGGCUAUUGCUAGCACUGAGAGCAAGGGUUACAGUUUCCAGAUGGAGCUUAUGGUGCGUGCGAAGGCUUUGGGAUGCACCGUCGCUGAGGUUCCCAUCUCUUUCGUCGAUCGUCUGUAUGGUGAGAGCAAGCUUGGUGGCGAUGAGAUUGUUCAGUAUGCCCAGGGUGUCUUCAACCUGUGGCUCAAGGUCUAA